AUGCAGUGGUUCCUUGCUCCAGGAGGUAGAGUUUGGUGUGUAGCUGGGUUCCACACAGGCCGGGCCAUCGUGGCGGCCUUCUUUGAGACAGCACUCGAGGACGGGUUUGAGAUAGAGCGAAUCUUCGAGAGGGAUCUAGUCUCGAGGGAUGAGGAGGACGGGGAAAUUCGGCGGGAGUGGGUUCCCUGGCGGGAGGGAGGGGAACCCUGA